AUGUCCACCGCAAGCGAUAUUUCUGCUUUCGAGCACUCCGUCGAACCAGCGCCAGCUGAAACGCUCUUCCGCGACAAGAAAUGGACCUACAUUCAAGAUUCGACUUCGAACACGGGUCAAUAUGCCGGUCAAAUUCAAUUCAAUCUUUCUACCAUCUCUUCGCAAGCUGCGUUUGUCAACUGGCAAGAAGCUGUCAUUGAGCUUCCAAUCAAGCUACAAAUUCUAAAUGGUGGCUCUGGAACUCUAACAACUGCGGCAGCGGCUUCGUAUGAUCAACUCAUUCCGAAAGCUGGCGCCUAG